AUGCUGGUGUCCAGCUGGCCACCAGAGCUGCUUCGAAGCACAGUGGUCUCUCAGAACUUCUUACACAGCUUCGAUGGCGCUCUCAGGGGAGCGCUGUCCUUACGGCUGAGCCAACCUGCUGGACAUAUUUUUGUUGACAAUGCAGCAAUCAACGACCCCCAGCAAGGGGUUUCAUCACCGUCCAUCACAGCCACUGUGGUGAUUUAUGUCGCCCUCCCUUCCGAUGCCUCUCUACCUGGACGUACCUGGGAGUUGGAGAGCCGGGUGGUCUAUGAUGCAUGGCGCCGAAUAUCCCAGGAUCCUUUCAAUGUGGAGUCCCUUUUUCUCUUGGACCAGUUCAAGACAGAAUUGCGGAAGGCAACAAGUCUGGUGGCCAAGCACAUUCGCGUGAUUACUGUGGUCCUGGUGCUUUACUUUGCCAUCCGCGCGCUGAUCCAUGCCACCGAGUGGCUGUGUGCCGCCUCGGAGACGCGCCGUGCGCGGUGGUGGAUGCUACGAGCUGGGACCAUGAAGGAGUACAAGGCAGCUGCUAUGGAGUUGGAUCGAGCCAAUGGUUUAGAGGAAUGGAAGAGCCGGCCCCAAAGCCGCUACUAUGCAUGGGAGGUUUUGUCCUCCAGCUUGGUGGAACUGCAAAGUCUCCAAGAGCAGAGGGAUUGGCCCAAGCUCCUACGCGCCUUGCAGAAACGCCUUCAGGACACGAAUUAUGCUGGGCACCUGAACGAAGCCCUCUAUGCCAAGACAUUUACUGGAACGAAGCAUUUGAUUGAAGACUACUGUAACGUAGUUGUCAAGUGCUUGGAUGAGCUACGACACGAGGUGGCCAACAAGCCGAUCAAUGACGCGGAGAGUGAGGCUCUUUUAGCACAGCUGCAGCGCUUCACGGAACUGGCGGUGUGUACCUUCGGCCGCACCGCGCUGUGUUUGUCGGGCGGCGGUGGCAUGGCUUUUCAGCACUUCGGCGUGGUCGAGGAACUCUUGCGUCAAAAGUUGCUGCCAAAGAUUAUCAGUGGCACGUCGGGAGGCGCCGCCAUUGCGGCGUACAUUUGCUGCCGCACCGAUGACGAGCUGCUCGGGGACUGCAAAGGAGAAGCGUAUCCAUUGCGACUCAAUCCGGACGAGGUGCAGCCCUCCAUCACGUUGUGGGCCGGCUCAUGGCUGGAGCGAGUGAGGCACUACAUCAAGUUUGGAUGUGUGUUCCCCCGCGAGCCCAUUGAGCGAUGGGCAGAGACUUGGGCUUUGGGAGAGACGACCUUCUUGGAAGCAUUCAAGCGCACUGGCCGGGUGUUGAACAUCACUUGCAGCAUUGUGGCGGGUGACAGCGGUGAGCAAGUGCCAUUGCUCUUGAACUACCAGACGCACUCGCACGUUUUGAUUGCAUCAGCGGUGAUUUGCUCCGGCUCUAUGCCUGGCUUGCUAAAUCCCAGCAAGCUAUUGGAGAAAUGCCCAGAGAGUGGGCUCAUUCGUGCACACUGUGAGCGGCAAACCUGCUAUGCUGAUGGCUCGAUUGACUUCGAUAUUCCAUCCCUCACGCUGGCGCAGGCCUUUGGGGUCCGCUACACGGUCGCCGUGCAGGUGAACCCUCACGUGACACCUUUCAACUUCGCCCCUCAUGGCGAAGCUGGCCGGCCCAUCAGUUGGAGUUCACCCUCGGGCCGUGGUCGUUGGCGCGGCGGCUUCAUCCUGUGUGCUUUAGAGGUGGUGUUGAAGGAGAGCUUCAGAUCUGCCUGGAAGGUCAUGGGUUUGCUUCAGCUGCUGCCUCGCUAUUUCGGAUGCAAAUGGGACCUCUUCUUUGCACAGGUCUAUGAGGGUUCAGUGACGCUGAGUACCGAGGAUGGCUACUUUUGGAAAUGUUUCAAUGCUUUGGAGAAUCCUUCGCAGGAAGCAUUCAGAUAUUGGUGGAGACAGGGCCGGCUGAUGGUUUGGCAAAAGAUGCCACUGCUGGAGAAGAGGCUAAGAAUUGAGCAAGCUCUUUUCCACUUAGAGAAUGAGCUGGAAGAGGAGGCUUUGCCACAGCCGUGCCAGGCGCAUGUCUAUUCUGAAGCAUUCAGCGCCAAAUCUAAAAUUUUUGGCAGCUGA